UCCUCCGGCCUCAGCGGCUGGGUCAGGGUGCUGUGCGGCAGGACGGGCGGAGCUGAGGCCAAAGCUGCGCCAGGGAGAUUUAGGCUGGACACCAGGAGGAGCUUCUACACAGACAGGCUGAUUAGACAUCGGGUGGGCUGCCCAGGGAGGUGGUGCAGUCACCGUCCCUGGAUGUGUUCAAGGAAAGGCUGGAUGUGGUACUCAGGGCCAUGGGCUGGGUGACACCGUGCUGAUCCUGGACGUGGCACUCAGGGCCAUGGGCUGGGUGACGCCGUGCUGAUCCUGGACGUGGCACUCAGGGCCAUGGGCUGGGUGACACGGUGGUGAGCCUGGAUGUGUCACUUAGGGCCAUGGGCUGGGUGACACGGUGGUAAGCCUGGAUGUGGUACUCAGCGCCAUGUUCUGGGUGGCACAGUGGUGAGCCUGGAUGUGUCACUCGGGCAUGGGCUGGGUGACAUGGUGGUGAUCAGUCACAGGUUGGACUCGAUGAUCUCAGAGAUCUUUUCCAACCUCACUGAUUCUGUGAUCUGGCAAUUGCUUUGGGGCAGUUUGAGCUCUUGGCACAGCUCUAACAGAAAAAAACAGGGAGAGAGAGAUACUCUCUACAUAAGUAACCAAAAAGCUUUGCCAGAGAGGGCAGUGACAGAAAUGCUGAUGUGCUGUUUCAGGGUUGCCAAUACUAUUAAUGCAGGCUAAAUAGACAAGAUGGUAAUUUUAUCACAGCAAACAAAAGAGGAGGCUGCCAUCACUACUUCAAAAUUUUUCAUCACGAAUAGCUAGGAAUUCACUGAACACACUGAAGAAAUGCCAGGGGUAGGGCAGAAUUCGUGCACAGCCCUCCAGCUGGUGCCUUCAGGAAGCAAAUGAAACAGUGUAUUUUGACGUUGUUAAUAGUGUUAAAAUACCUGGAAGGGAAUCGAUCGUUUUCACACUGUAGACAUGUUGUGGCCAAGGUUGCCCACAGAACAUGCCAAUGCCCCAUUGCUGGAAGUGUUCAAGGCCAGGUCAGGUGCAGCUCUGAGCAAUCUGGUCUAGAGGAAUGUGUCCCUACCUAUCAAAAGGGGGUUGGAGCUGAAUGAUCUCUGAGGUCUCUUGCAAGACAGGCCUUUCUAGGAUUCUAGGAUAGGCACAAGGUAGGCAAACACAAAGCUGCCCAGGUACAGGGAGCAUGAAGUUGUGUAGAAAUAUGUGGGCUCCCGGCCUCACUCUGUGUGUCAGCUCUGCACAGGUGUGUGCAAACACAGGACCUCUUGCAAGCCCAGCCUAGACACUGUGAGGAUCUUUCAGGCAUCUUCUUCCCUGGAAACAGCUGGAUGCUGUUGUUUAGGAAGGAGUAUAAAAGAAAGGACUGGUGGUGAAUACUCAGUCUCUUGCUGAAUUGAGAUUUGUUUUGUUAAGGAUUGGUUGUGUGUGUAACUCUUGAGGUGGCUGCUGAGUGGGCGUGUCAGCAGUGCUGGAAUAGGUGUGUGCCAUUGGUACCUGCUGGCUGGAAGCAGAAUAACUCAGCUCAGGGACCUCUGUGGCUUUAUUGUUCUCCAAACUUCAGUCUAACUUAAUUGAUUUAAUUUAACUUCACAUGCUUGGGAAGAGUUACUAACAGUGUUGAACCCCCCAUGCUGAAGUGCAUGCAGUGAGUAUAAGAACUAAAGGUGUGAAAGCUGUCACAAAGUCCCACAUAAAACCAUGGUUAUAAACUCCUGUUAGGGCUCCAGAUUGCUCCUUUUGUCAGUCCUUGAGACAGUGGAGUUAAUGACAACUCACCUCCACAAAUGAGAAGCUGAAAAUAACAUAUUUAAAGGAGAAAAAACGUGUCACUGCUACAGAUAAAUUGAAAAGGAAGAAAAUGUUUCCACCUGUCAGGACUGUGAGUAUCACCAUCAAUGCCUCAUUGCACAGAAACAACAGUGGCAAAGCAUUCCCUGAAGAAGGAUGCACAGGGGACAAGGGAUGGUUGUUCCUAUCAGCCCUUGGUUUAUAACUAUGGGUAUUAAUUCCACUCAUUACUGUUCAAGAUUCUAGUGAAAUUCUCUUGUCUCUGCUCCUAAUGCUUCCACCUGCCUCAUCUGUAGACCCACAAAAGGCAUGGAAGGGGAGUACAUAUGUGUUCUGUCUACCUUGGAUGUGUUUAAUAAGGUGGCCGGGCUGCUUCCAGAAAAUCAGAGCUUUAAGGUAGUGUUCAAAAUCAAAAUUACAGUAGUUUGUGUACACAUAAGUCCAUUCAUCAAAAAACCCCUCCACCUCUUUUAAAACAAGUCCAAAGAUCAGCUGCUCAUCAGCAGUGCCUGUGUUUUUUGUUUGUGGGUGAUGAGGAAAUCUAACAAUACAGAUAUUUUGAGCAUGUGGUGGAAACACAGCAUAUGAAAGGUUUGCUUUAUUUCUGCAAGAAAAAGUUUGUGCAUUUGGAGCCUGGACUGGCUCUGGUCAGGGAUGGCACUGGUUACAACACAAGUACUCCCUUUUUUAGUGUUCCUUUUUUGCCUCCUCUUCUCAAAAGCAGCUGCUCCUUCUGAUAGUGGAUUGAUGUCUGUGUCAGCAGCUAAGGAGGAGGGUGACAAGCAUGUAUUCAAAUGGGUCAGAUUUGCCAAGUGCUGGCUGACCAGUGUAUUCUCUUGCCUGAUGGUUGAAAUCCCUCUCAGAGCGAAAAUUCUGUGCAACAAUUCUCCAUGGCAUUUCUUAGAGAAUCAGACAAUAAGUUUAUAGAUCUCAGGGGGAAACUACAUCCUUGAAAAACUGUAAAAAAAUCUGUUGCAAACUCCAGUGGCACAGCAGAAAUUCCUCAUCUUCCUUGUUUAUUGCAGCAGCUUGGAAUUGCCCUCAACUGUGCUACUGUGGCUGUUUUGUGUUUCCUGCCUGAAAUAUUUUCUGCUGCUUUGUAACCCACAAAACAGGACAUUAGUUUUUCUUGACCAAGAACAUUUCCCAACCUCUUUACUGGGGGAGAAAAUUUCCACAGAUCACAGAUCUGCGGGUAUAGCAAUAAUGUUCGGAAGCUGUUUGAAGAUAAACCUGGAAUAGGAGGUGAACUGUUACCUGGUCAGACCCUGAAAAUUACCAGCAGUGUGUUUCCUGAGGGAGUAGGAAGUGGUCCUCCUUCUUGGAUAGCAUUUGACAAGCAGGUUGUCUGAUGAAUGAAGAGUAAAGGUGUUGUGUUUUGAUGCCUAUUUUGAAGAAGAAGUGCCUGAAAAACAUCAAGAGCUCUAUAGAAUCAGGCACUGUAAAAUAUAUUUCUACCUUGAAGAUGAUACAAUUCAAGUGACUGAGCCUGUAGUGAAAGACAGUGGCAUAAAUCAAGGAACUAUUUUACGACGGGGCCUUGUUCCACUUCCACCUCCUCAUGAGGAUCAGUUCUACACUAUGUAUCAUUUCAAUAUCAACACAGAAAUAACCCUUUAUGGCCGAAAAUAUAAGAUUAUAGAUUGUGACCUGUACACAAAAAAUUUCCUGAGGAAGUUAGGAAUCAGACUAAAUCCUCCUGCAAGCCGUCCAGACGACCCAUACACCACAGCGAGACAAAAGAGAUAUCUGGAGAGCACAAAUCCUUUUCACCCUUAUGAGCGCUUUGAUACUUUGAAACAAUUUCUGGAGUUUGAUGGACAAGUUUUGGGGUUUUCUUGUGUGUGGAAUGACCCAGAAUUAAAGAUUUCUGACCCACGGGAACUUGUUCUUCGUUAUUAUUUGUCGGAUGACACCAUUGAUAUAAGAGAAAUUUUACCACCAAACUCAGGCCGGGAUGUAGUUCCAUUUUUCCUCAAAAGAGAUAAGCUUCCAAAGAAUGCUCCUGCUGCUCCAUAUCAUCCAGGCACCAUCACCAAUUACACUCUGCUCAAUGUGUUGGGAAAGUCAGAAAGAAACAAAGGUUAUUACAUUCGGGACGUUCUGCAGACAGGAGCAGUGCAUCGGGAAUUUUACAAAGACAGUGACUUGAAAAUAGGGGCAGUAAUUAAUGUUUGGGGAAGGCAAAUAUUGCUCUGUGAUUGUGAUGAAUUCACUAAAGAACAUUACAGGAAAAAGUAUGGAAUUGUGGAUUUCACCCCAAUUCAGUAUAAGACCCCACCACCUCCAAAACCAGAAAAAAUUAUUCCUCCUUAUAAUGGAUUUGGUUCUGAAGAAGAUUCUUUGAGCUCCUGUAAGGGUGUGGUUAUCAAGACUGCCCAUAAGGAUUACAGGCAAUUCCUGGUGAAAGACAGGUAUGGCAUGGACAGCAACAUUCUGCGCUAUGCGGCCAAACUCAUCACGGACAUCCCCGUGGACAAGGAUCGUAAAUUCAUCAUUUCCUUCUUCCUGAGUGAUGACACCAUUUCUGUUUUUGAAUAUGCAGAGAGAAACUCAGGGAUAGCUGGUGGGAAGUUCCUGGAAAGAGGUCGCAUUAAGAAGCCUGGGCAGGAACUCUUUAAGAGUGAGCCAUCUGAAUACUACAAGGCUCAGGAUCUGUUUGUUGGAGCCAGAGUUUGUUUCCAUGGUCACAACUUUCUUUUGGUGGAUGCUGAAGAAUACACGUUCAACUACAUGGAGAAGAAUGCAAAUGAGUUCCCCAUGGCUAAUAUUUGUGCCAUCCUCAACAAACUGAAGAGCAUGACUGAAUCUCAUGCCAAAGAAAUCAGAAAGACAUUUGCUAUUACUGACCCUGAGAAUACCAAUGUGAUUGGGUAUGACACUUUCAGAAACUGGAUAGUCAGUGUUGCUGCUGGAGUAUUUUCAGAACAUGAAAUUAUGACUCUUGGACGUCACUAUGGCAUCAGAGAUGAGAGUCAAACUGACCUGCUCUUCCUCCUUUCAGUGGCUCAAGACAAACUAAAGAAAAAUGCCUUUGAAUAUUUUGAACAACUGAAUACAAUGUUUUUGUACAACGACCGAGAAAAGUGUGGAUUGUUGCCCUAUGAGACCUGCAGGACUAUUUUCAAAUCCUUUAAGUUGCCACUUCCUGAUGAUCUUCUAGAAACUUUACUAGCCAGGUUUGAAGAUAACCAGAAGCAGGUAAACUAUAAAAAUUUUGUUCAUGCACUGAACUGGAGAGAGAAUCAAGUCCGUGCUUUUGUGGAGGAAAAGGAGCAACCCAAGAGGGAAGAUAUCUGGAACCAACUACCACGAUCCCCUCCUGUGACUGGGAUCAGAUACCCUCCUCUUCUGGAUGAUCUCUUUGGAAAGGAAGAAUAACCUCACCUGUGCAAGACACUGAUUUAAGAUUGGUGCUUCAGCUCUGAAGAUUACUUAGAGAGAUACCAAAACAUUUCUUGUACAAUAAGAAAAAAGCAGAUACAACUUUUAUUGCAUUUAAUUUCUUGUUCCAACAGAGAUGUAUACUUGUGUGGUUUUGGAACUCUUUCUAAAUCAACAGCCCUCUGUCACACUUAAACAACCAUAAUUAAAACUAGAUCCUCUAAUCUCUGCCUGUUUGCAUGGAGAAUUUGUGAGUAUUGAGAAAUCUUUGUCAAACACUGCAAAAUCUGAAUGACCCUGCUUUGUUCUGAGAACAAACCUUGUUGGAUGACCUCUCAGAACUGGGUUUGACUGUGUUAGCACAAUAAUGCCAUUCCAUUCACGUUUCCUCCCUUGCUCUGCAGCUCUUAUCUGUGGUUUUGCUCUAUCCCCGUGGUGAUGCUCAAGUGCUGUUCAUGUCAAAGUUGGUUAUUUUGUGGAGGAAAUGCCGGCAAGGUUUUUGCCCUAUAAAGCUGUUCUGGUAUCAGAGAUAAUUAUAGCCUUCCAAAGUGGAAGCAAAUGUUUUGCAGGCACGGCACAGAAGCUGUCAGUUCUUGCUUGUUGUUUUAGAUGUGACUCAGGUUAGUCCCACCCAGUUUAACUUGGGUGGGACAUGUCUGAAGAGAAGGGAUUGCAGUGCAAUUUCUGUGUGCAGCAUUCUUGCAGCAGAAAUGCACUUUGAAAAUUCACAGAUACCCUUCUCUUUCUCCAUAGCUAAAUGGAGUUCCUGUUAGCAUUUUUGUAUCUUUUUAAGCUUAUACCAGUUCAAAGCCAUGAUUAGAUCUGGAUUUACUUUGUGCUUUUGUGAGAGGAGUAAUUACCCCACUCUGAAGAAUGGAAGAGCUGAGGUGAAGGUGGAGCUGAUUCAUCCACAAGAUUCCACUGGGGAAGGGGAAGAGGUGUGAGCCAGUGCACCUCUUCUGGUGUUUGGGAAGACUUAGAACCCUGUUUUUUCUUUAAUCUGAAAUUACAGUUUUGGGGAGGAAUUGUUUGAUUUAGAAAGAUAAGAAUUCAAUGUAUCUAAAUCCCCAAACAGAGGGAGAGACAAUAGUAAUUUUUUGGAAACUUGGAAAUCCCCCUUACAAUUAUGAUUUUAUAUAGAAAUACCUUCCUAUACCUCUGCAUGAAAAUGUAAAUGAAAUUCUUACUCUUUUUGUACCGUAUGGCAAAAUAUAAAGCUUUUGAAAGUUCUUUGCCUUUUUUGCAGUGAAAAAGGUCUUGAGACAAGGCAUAAUAAUGUUGUUGAUGCUGAGGAGGGGUAGCAAUAAAAUGGGCAAGGAGUGUCUGUAUCCAGAGGCUCAAAAUGAAAAGGACAAAAAACCUAAAGUGCUCCAAGUUGUAGAAAAGACUAUGAAUUGCUUUUAGAUC